CUUUGUAAAAUUAUAGAAAACUAAGUAUUUCUUAUUUUAGAAAGCACUUGUGGGGGGCUGGAUAGCUCAGGUAGUUGAUAAUGACCUGUUUACACAGAUUUUCAUCCUACAUUCAAAUUUUUCAAAAGAAUCUGAAGGCUGAAGAUUACGAAGUGAAAUGGAAGAGAAGGGGGUUUGGUUACUGGUGGUGGUCCUGGUAUUGGAAUGCAGAAUCCUGAUUGAAGGAGGUGAAAUACCAAGUGCAGGUGAAUGUGCUAUGGACGUGAAAGAAAGAAAGGACUGUGGUUAUGCAGGCAUUUCAGUGAAAGAUUGCACAUCUAAAGGAUGUUGUUUUGAUGCAAAAUUCCCAAAUGUGCCCUGGUGUUUUUAUCCUCACCUAAAAAAAGGUGCAGAUGAAUGUGCUAUGGACUCAAUGGAAAGAAAGGACUGUGGUUAUGCAGGCAUUUCAGUGAAAGAUUGCACAUCUAAAGGAUGUUGUUUUGAUGCAAAAUACCCUGGUGUGCCCUGGUGUUUCUAUCCUCACCUAAAAAAAGGUGCAGGUGAAUGUGCUAUGGACGUGAAAGAAAGAAAGGACUGUGGUUAUGCAGGCAUUUCAGUGAAAGAUUGCACAUCUAAAGGAUGUUGUUUUGAUGCAAAAUACCCUGGUGUGCCCUGGUGUUUCUAUCCUCACCUAAAAAAAGGUGCAGAUGAAUGUGCUAUGGACUCAAUGGAAAGAAAGGACUGUGGUUAUGCAGGCAUUUCAGUGAAAGAUUGCACAUCUAAAGGAUGUUGUUUUGAUGCAAAAUACCCCGGUGUGCCCUGGUGUUUCUAUCCUCACCUAAAAAAAGGUGCAGGUGAAUGUGCUAUGGACGUGAAAAAAAGAAAGGACUGUGGUUAUGCAGGCAUUUCAGUGAAAGAUUGUACAUCUAAAGGAUGUUGUUUUGAUGCAAAAUACCCAAGUGUGCCCUGGUGUUUCUAUCCUCACCUAAAAAAAGAUUAUUAAAGAAAAUCUACCCCAGGAACAUACACCAGCAACUUCUCUGUCAAUAGAAUCAUUGACAAAGGAAUGUGUUUAAAUCUUGUGAUUUCUACUCUGUAAUAAUUUUGAUUUCCAGGUCAUUCCUGUCUUAUACAAUGACACAGUUAAUUACUGGGUGGGGUGGGGUUUGGGUACCAACUAUUUUUAAAAAAAAAAAAAUCCUCUUCACUGGUUUAGUACUGGGCAACUGUUUAUCAUUUUUAAUAAAUCCAAAUAAAAUUUAUAACUGGUGUGUUGCAUACCAGUUUGUUUUUAAUGUU